AUGGAUGUCUCAUUUCUAACCAAAAGUGUUCAAAUUAAUGGUACACAAUAUAAGAUACUACUUCAAAAUGGACAAGGUAAAUGCGCACUGAUUGCCUUAGUGAACGUUUUAUUGAUCUCGCCUGCCCAUGCACGUUAUUCCCAAGAAAUUUGCAAAUUGGUGAAAGGCAAGGAAAUUGUUACUUUAAAUGAGAUCGUACAAACUCUAGCCGAUAUGGGUGUUCAAAACCCCAAUGGUGCUAGCGUAGAAAAACAACAACUACUUAAAAUUCUACCACAACUAUAUAGCGGGUUGAACAUUAACCCAGAAUUCAACGGGUCUUUUGAAGAUGGGGUGGAAAUGUCACUUUUCAGACUCUACAACGUCGGAAUCGUGCAUGGUUGGAUAAUAGAUGGAGACAAUGACCUAAACGCCUAUGAACACGUAUCAAAAUAUUCUUAUAUGGGCGCUCAAAAGGUUCUGGUGCAGUCGUAUGAGAUCCAGAAAAAUAAUGCACAAUUUGAAAACGAUGAACAAAUUCAAUCCGAUGCAACUUACCUAAAAUCCUUUUUGGCAAGAUCUGCUACUCAAUUAACUGAUUAUGGUCUGAAUCAUCUAAAAGAAAUUCUGGUGGAGAGAUCAUAUGCCGUGCUUUUUAGAAAUGACCACUUUUGUACAUUAUACAAGAACAAUGGCGAAUUGUUUACUCUGGUCACGGAUCCUACUUACAGAAACCGCAAAGACAUAAACUGGCAGUCGCUUACAUCCGUGAAUGGAUUACAAGAUUCUUAUUAUACUGGAAACUUCAUUCCCACAAGUCUGGAAAGAACUGAUACUACUGCUACUGGACAAAAUGAUUCCUAUAUUUCUAACCCGUUUAGUGAUCAGAACACAGGACGAGUGACCACUAAUCAAGGCAAUAGUGGAGCAAGUGGAAUACAACAGAUUGAAGACGAUGAGGAAUUGGCAAGGAGAUUACAGGAACAAGAAGAUAUGCGUGCGGCAAGUAACAUGCAAAAUGGUUAUGCUAAUAGCAGUAGCGAUAAUCCAAGAGAAAGAUUCCAAAGAUCUGAAAAGAACUCAAAGAAAAACAAAUUUCUUUCCUUCAAUGGAAGUAGUGAUGGUAAAAACAGGAAAAGAGACAAGUUGAAGAAAAGCUGUGUAGUUAUGUGA